AUGUCAACCUUUCUGCUAAGUUAUAUUUCACAGAAAAACUUCUAUUCAUUCCCUAUGCUUUUCUUCACUAUCUUUCCACUAUUCCUUUCACUUUUCUUCAUCAUCAAAUGGUAUUUCAACAAUUCUGUCACCACAAGAAACUCCCCACCUUCACCUCCAAGAUUACCUCUACUUGGUAAUCUGCAUCAAAUUGGCUUAUUCCCUCACCGAUCACUCCAAACUUUAGCUCACAAAUAUGGCCCUUUAAUGCUUCUUUAUCUUGGGAAGGUACCAGUGAUUAUAGUUUCUUCUGCUGAUGCAGCAAGUAAGGUAAUGAAAACUCAUGACUUGGUUUUCUCUGAUAGGCCACAACGUAAAAUCUUUGAUAUCAUGUUGUAUGGUUCGAAAGAUGUGGCAAGUUGUGCAUAUGGUGAGUAUUGGAGACAAGUAAGGAGUCUCAGUGUGUUACAUCUUCUGAGUAACAAAAGAGUUCAAUCUUAUCGUCGUGUAAGAGAAGAAGAAACUGCAAAAAUGAUGCAAAGUAUUCAAUAG